AUGAUACAACUCUCGGACCUUACUUCCGCAUCGGCUCACUUAUACAACUCCAGCCAUCUACCAAAUGAGGAGUACGACCGUCGAAUCCGUGAGCUAGUUGAAUACUUCAAACGGCUACUAUCGACCAACGCCCUCGACUCUUUCGCUAAGGAUGACUCUUUUCUUGAUCAUUUUGACCCAGCGAUAGAUUCCAUCCCAUAUCUUUUUGGGUUGCAUCUACAGAUUCAAAAAGCACGGGAGCUCAAUAGCGAUAUAUUUCCAGAGGACCUUCGCCCUAUGGGAAGACUUUGGAUACGCGCUACGCGCUUCUUGGGGUGUUUCGAUCGGGUCCAAAUCAGAUAUGCUGGGCGAGAAUGGCGCCAGCUUGUUGAACUUAUAGGACAUGCUUCACAAGCUGCAUCGAUGCCACUUCUGGGCGCCACAGUGCUUAAAGAUGCCAUGCUUCGUCUCGACCCGUCGUGUUGUGUUUUCAUGUCAAGCCACCUUUUGUUUGUUCGACUUUGCCUACAGGCAAAGGCAUAUUCAUGUGCAUUGCCUAUCUUGAAUAAGCAAAUUUGUCAUUUUCCAGUUUUGCCAGAUCGCUCCUCCUCAAUGCCCUCUGUGCUCUGCGCAGAUCAUGGAUCGAGUAUGUUUUUCAUAACAGAAACCUCUGGGCUUUCAUCCAUGCUGUCAUACCGAGACUAUCUGCAGUACUUUCUUUAUGGUGGCAUGAUAUACAUGGCCUUAACGGAGUGGCGCAAGGCGCUCCAUUUCCUCGGGGUUGUCAUCUCUGCACCUAGUGCUACCUCUUUGAGCAUGGUCAUGGUGGAAGCCUACAAGAAAUAUGUGCUAGUUGGCUUACUUGAAAGGGGCAAGCUUUGUUCGCCUCCAAGCAUCACAACACCUCAUGCGGUAAAGUUAUAUCAGUCACUAGGGAGGCCUUAUAUCGUUCUUGCUCAUGCAUUUGAGCUUGGCGAUUUGAGGAGCUUAAAGGCCGAAUUUGAAGCUGCCAGGGAGGUCUGGUGUGCGGAUAAUAACUUGGGUCUUGUUUUUCAGGUUGUGGAUGCGUUCUUCAAUCGAACAAUCAUUAAUAUUGGGAAGAAAUUUGCAGCUUUAACUGUGGCCGACCUUGCAAAACAGGUGUUUCUAUUCCCUGUGGGUGAAGAGGCUGCUGAGUCUGCUAUUUCUUCUCUGAUAAUGUCUCACGCUUUGGACGCUACGUUGGUGAACAACCGGAACCACGCCAGACCUUCUAUGCUACGAUUUUCAGCCAUUCAAUCAUUGCCUCAGCUUUCCCAUGAAUUAGACUUACAGUCUCAACUGAAGCAUGAACGAAGGUUGAUGGAGAUUCUAGUGGGCAGUCUUAAGGAGACCAAUAACAACCUAGGAUUGAGCGAUGAAUACGUUGAUAACCUCCAAAAGGGUCAGGUAUGGUUGGGUUCCGGUGACGCCAACCUUACUGCAGGGGAAGAAAUCACACUUGAAAUGGACGAAGAUCUGAUGGGUGAUAUGCCCUAA